AUGUCGCUCCCUGCCAGGCAGGCUGGGGCUGCUGGAGCCCGGGCAGCGCGGAAGGCUGUCAAUGUCCUCCGCAGCUUACAGCAAAGCACGCCCGCUGGCGCAGGUGUUGAGAUGACAUCCCUGGUGGAGGCUUUGCCCUACUUUGGCCUUGCCCAGCUGAUCGAUUGUGCGAGUCACUUUGGUCAGCGUGGACGGGUCGUUGGUCCUGUCGCUGCUGAAGUGGCUGCAGAGAUUGGUCGACGCUUGCGCCGCUCGGAAGAAGGAGCCGAAAAAACGGGCCUCUCCGAUAUGGCUCGAAAUUUGAACGCCAAGGAGGUGACGACGGCCUUCUAUGCAUUCUCCAAACUGUCUCCACAGAUGCCCGAGUAUCGUGCUUUCUACGAUGCGGUGGCUGAUGGCCUGGUUGAGAGGCGCUGGGAACUGGAAGGCAUGAAGGCUGCGCUGAUUGGAACUGCGCUGGCAGAUACGGAGACGCGCUUGUCGGAUGCUCUCCCUGCCGUCGUGAAGCCAGUCCUGAGAGAGUUGGCUGAGUCCCAGGAGGCACGCGACGCCAUGGGCGCGGACGAGCUACGCUUUCUGAUCCAUGCGGCGGUGCGCUUGCCCGAGCUGAGCGCUCUACAGGUCGAGGCCUUGGCCUCCUGCACGGAGCAGCUCGUGGGCUCCACGAGCUUCUCGGUGCAGGCGCACCUGGCGGUGUCCUGGCUGAGGUUGAAGCCUCCAGCCAGUGCAAAGGGAGUACAUUUGGAUGUACUGGAAACAUGUUGCAAGAUGCUAGCAACCCAUGCUAAGUCGCACUAUCCGGCACAUCCGCUGCCACGGGAAGGGCUGGCUCCAGCGAUUGCAGACCUACUGGCGCGAGAGGCGGAGAAAAAUGCUCCACCUCUGACUCCGCCAGUGUUGCAGAACAUUACAAAGGGCCUGGUGCAAAUUAGCUGGGGCCUACAGCGCUACCAGUUGGGUCACAACCCAUCCAGGAGCCUCAGCAUCGAUGAUUGGGCUGAGAUCGUGGAUUCCUUGAUGACCUUUUGCGAGGGUCAUCUCCCCAAAAACCGCAGCACGGCACCUUUAUGGGCGAGAGAGGCCUUGUAUCAUGUGUUGUGGAGAGCACAACAGCGCAAGCGACGGAGCGACGAGGCCCCGGAGCACCGGACGCAGCUGUCCUCGUUGCGGAUCCUCUUGCGGCUCCUGAAGCGGCACAAGCCAUCGCCGGUGGCUGACCCGGAGUUCUUCCAAUGGGCAUCUCGUCUGGUGGUUUUGCAUCAGAAAGAUCCCAAGAGCAGCACUGAUGCUGUGGAGCUGAUGACCUUAGUCAGUGACUUGGUGCCCUUUUUACCAGAGGACCAGCGCUCCGCCUUGGCGCGUUUGGUGAUGACCCGCACCGAGUCCCCUGAGAUCGCCACGGCCACGGCACGCACCGCGAGCGCAAGCAUCGCUCGGCGUCUGUUGGACGUCGAAGCCGAGUCCGACAACGGUCGCGCUGUGGCGGUCGCCGGUCGUGUGGCGUGGUCGUCGACGAAGACGCGGACGACGGUCGCGCUGGACGCGAAGAAGACGCGCCUGUGGAAUCUUCUGGCUACGUCCCCGGAGACGGUUUUGACAGUCCAAGAGCCCAAAGAAGAGCUGGUGGCUGAGUCUGCAACGCUUCAAGCGAAAGCGGAGGAACAACAGCCGGAGAUAGUUGCCGCAGAGCGAGCUGCUCAAGUGGAGGAAGGCUCGGCCCGAGCUCCACCAUCGGCGACUGUGGAGGAGCUGCAACAGAUGCUGCAGGGUGCCUUGCAGCGGGUGGAGGCCUUAGAAAGCCGGCUUCAGGAUCAAGAACGUGAUGUUGCGAACAAGCAUCAGCUCGACGAUGCCUGCGACAAGAGCUCGGAUGAAAGUGGUGGGUGGUUGACAAGCAUACUGACAGCCCCGGUGGAGCAAAUCCAGCCCUCGGCAGCGGCCAUGACAUUGCAUUUGCGGCGGUCCUUCAGCUUCGAAGACUUCCGGCGCUCGCAGUCGGCCAGGCUUCAGUCAGAACGCCUGCGGGUUGCAGUACCUCCUGACCACUUCCCACUGUGGCCUAUCACGAUGAAAAAAUGA